GCUGGCGCAGUCGGAGUCGGCUCGGGGACAGUGCAGUCGAAUCGGCGGAUGCCGCUGGGACCUGCUCUGCUCUAUAUUUCAUGCUCGACAGCGGAAUCGGAGCUUUUGGUUGUAGGCCCUGCCGCUGCUCCGUACUGCUGCACAUGGAGCCGGAGGGCGGAUCGUAGGCAGCAGAUCAGAUCGACGAGUGCUUCCGAUAUCGGCGACGACGACGACGACGAGCGCUAGAUUGCUCGUCCGCUCGCUCGCUCGCCUUCUCUUCCUCGACGACGACGAUAGCCGCGCGCGCGAGCGAGCUUUGGUGCGAUGGAGACCGGUGGGCCGUAGGAGGCUGUGUUUCUCUUCUCUCGAGCUGAAGCGGAGGCUGGUGGAGGAGGAGGAGGAGGAGAAGAAGAAGAAGGUUGUGGUGGUGCGAGUGGUUCUCAUUUGGCAAUUGGGCGAGGAGGAGGAGGAUUUAGGAGGAGGAGGAGGAGGGGAGGAGAAGCUUGAACAGGGUGCGCCGUACAUGGAGGUGGGAGCUGCCGAUGGGUCGGCUUCUUCUGCUUCAUCAUCAUCUUCUUCUUCUUCGUCGUCUUCGUCUUCGGCUUCGUCUUCGUCUUCGGCUUCGUCUUCGUUUGCUUCUUUUGUCACGUCCUGCCCGGAAUUGUGUUCUGUAAUGCAGAAAUCGAAAUGCUCUGGCUCCGCAUCCUCCUGCUCCUCGUCCCGCGGGUGGAAGUAUGUGUCGCUGGGACUUGUUCUUCUUUCGUGCUCCUCGUUGCUGGUCGCGACUUCUCAUCGGCACGAGUCCGGAUUUCGAGUUGCGUCGUCUUUGGAUACCUCGUUUGCCUCUCUUGCCAACCUCUGGUCUGUCUUGUGGCGCUCUGAAAGUGAGAUUCCUGUGAGAAUUCUCGAUCGAAGGCAACUGGGCCAAGUGGAGGACGGUAGUGCGGCGUCGAUCAACAAUGUGGGGCAUGGGGCUGGUGGAGAGAAGGAAUUCGAUGUGGGUUUCGACAAGGGUGAGUCCAAGGUGACCUCUGAGAGUGCGGAAUAUGAGAGUGUAACGUCGAUCCGGAAUGUAGGCGAUGGCGACCACGCUCGGGGGAUGAGCGCUGGAGAUGGUGGUAUUGAGAAGGAGAGAGUUGAGGGGGCAGAUGGAGCCGAGCACAAUAGGUCCAGUGAAACCGACCUCAAGGCCGUCGAGCACACGGCAACCACGGGAGUGGAGAAGCUCCUGAAUAGACUGGAGGAGGAUGUAGUUCAGGAUGAAGAUGGGCGAUUCAACAAGACAAUAUCCGCCCAAGAAGGUGUACUCGAAACUGUUGCUCGAGUGGGUGGACACUCGUUUGAUGAAGAGGAUGAGUCCAACGAGUCUGGCUCCGAUACCUCGACACUGGAAAGCGAACAGGACAAAGGGUUGGAAUCGGUCAAAGUUCAAAAUACUGCUCAGGAAGAUGUGGGGAACUUUACGGACACGAGGGCGAAAGAUCUUGCUGGAACUGAGUCGACUUGGCUGGACAUGUUCACGCGAGAGUCGGAACAGCCUCGCAAUGUGGAAGCACCACCGGAGGCAAAAAACGCCUCGGUUACACAACAGCAGAAGAAAAAUGCCACUCGGAUCAGGCCUUUUGAAGAGAAUGCAGGGUAUCACCAAGUAGAGGAUGUGCCCAGGUUAAUAGAUCGGGAAGAUAACGAGUACGUGAUCAGCAAUCCAGGGAAAAACCGGAUGAAGCUUCAAGAAGAUCUCACGUUGAUCUCCGACAUCAUUGUAGUCAUCGUUGCCGCUGCUUUUGGAGGAACGAUUUGUGGCUUGCUGGGGCAACCUGUCAUACUCGGCUACCUGGCCGCUGGAAUGGUUGUUGGACCAGGUGGCCUUCACCUUGUUCACGAACUGGUGCAGGUCGAGACUUUGGCUCAGUUCGGGGUCGUCUUUUUACUCUUUGUUUUGGGAGUGGAGUUCAAUCCCGGCAAGAUGCAGGGCGUGCACGGUGUGGCGCUGGGAGGUGGGUGCCUCCAGAUCGGCGCUGCAAUGCUCUUAGGAGGGCUACUAGGCUCGUCAGUACCUCAAGGUGUUUUCAUCGGGGCGUUUCUGUCCAUGUCCUCGACCGCAGUCGUUGUCAAGUGCUUGAUGGACUCUAAGAUGGGAAGCACAGAACAUGGGCAGAUCAUGCUGGGAACUCUGAUCCUUCAAGAUUGUGCUCUCGGACUUCUUCUGGCGAUUAUGCCGGCUCUUGCUGCCAAAGGCAGUGGUAUAAUCACUUUCGCUGUUGCUCUUUCAAGAGAGGGAAUGUUGCUGCUGGCGUUCUGUGCUGGCGCAUGGGUCGUUGCAAAAUACUUCAUUCCUCGCUUUUUGCGGUCUCUUGUGCAGCUAACGAAGUUCAAUACAGAACUUUAUCUCAUAGGGGUUAUCGGAGUCUGUCUUCUUCUAGCACUGAUAAGCCAGAGCUUGGGCCUCAGUCUAGAAGUGGGAGCGUUCGUCGGAGGACUGGUUUUAUCAGGAGGAAUACAUACUGAGAGAACCCUACAUCAGGUCGAGCCGAUCCGGAACAUAUUUGCUGCUCUAUUCUUAGCAUCCAUCGGGAUGGUCAUGCAUCCGAUCUUUUUGUGGCAACAUAAAGAUAUUCUUCUUGCGUCUCUGGCCGUUGUCUUCUUCGGAAAAACUUGUCUAUUCGCCGGCGUGGUUCGAGUUUUUGGAUAUGGUGGGAAGACCUCCUUGAGUGUAGGCAUUGCUUUGGCACAAAUCGGAGAGUUUGCGUUCAUCCUCUUGAGCCGAGCUCAAGGCUUGGGUUUGGUUUCCAAGAAGCUAUAUCUGUUGCUAAUGGGUACGAGUGCUCUUAGUUUAGUCCUCACGCCGUUCGCCUUCAAGAUUGUGAUUCGAUUGAUGUCAGCUGGACAACCAGCCUUCCGCAAAGGAGCGUUAAAACCUGCACACAGCUUCGGUGUUCAGAGUUUGCAAGUUAAUAAAGGGCAUGUAGACCCCCCAGUGAGAGGGCAGGAUAUUGCUGAACCUCCCUUCUGGUCAUUGACGAGUCCGAGUAGUGCUAUUACUGAGAUCAAGACCAAGGACAGUGAUGAGCCUUUGCGCAUUUUCAGCGAACCGGAACAGCUGGUGGAAAUACGGGAUAUGGAGGAUGGUCGGGGAGACUAUACUUCAUCACCUGCGGGACUGGUGCUGCGGAGACCGUUACACCACGUCGUCAAUGGGAAGUGGACCGAAUGGAAGAAGGAAUUAGAAGAACAUGAAGUAGAUGACCAUAGGAGAUAGGGAUAUUAUUUUUUCGGUGUACUUUCUAUCGUAGUCAUCUAGCUCCACAUUAUUAUGCUUAGCAAUCCUGACAAAAUGGUGUUAUUCACGCACCCCGGGACAGCUAGAGAUUACUCAAAGGGGCACUUCAAUUUUGAAAUGUACAUGAUCCUUGAAAUGUGAAUAUUAGACAGAAGGGUAACAGAGCCACUUAAUUCACAACUUCAUUGUUCGAGUUGCAACAAUUUUGUACCGAAUGUAA